AUGCUUCACACCAACAAUACACAAUUCCAGCCUUCUUCCUUCUUUCUGACAGGAAUCCCAGGGCUGGAACACGCACACAUCUGGAUUGGCUUCCCCUUCUUCGCAGUGUAUUUAGUAGCCCUCGUGGGGAACGUCAUUAUCUUGUUUGUGAUCCAGACUGAACACAGCCUCCACCAACCCAUGUUUUACUUCCUGAUGAUGUUGGCCUGCACUGAUCUGGGCUUGUCCACAGCAACCAUCCCCAAGAUGCUGGGCAUUUUCUGGUUCAAGCUCAGGGAGAUUGUGUUUGGUGCCUGCAUCACACAGAUGUACGCCAUCCAUAUAUGCACUGGCCUGGAGUCUGUGGUGCUGACGGUCAUGGCCAUAGAUCGCUAUAUUGCCAUCUGCAAACCCCUGAGAUACAGCAUGAUCCUCACCAACAAGGUGAUAGCCAUUCUGGGCAUAGUCAUCAUAGUCAGGACUUUGGUGUUUGUGACUCCAUUCAUAUUUCUCAUUCUGAGAUUGCCUUUCUGUGGCGUUCGAAUUAUCCCCCACACCUAUUGUGAACACAUGGGUUUGGCAAAGCUAGCUUGUGGCAGUAUUAGGGUCAAUGUCAUCUAUGGCUUAAUUGCCUUUUCAGUGGGCUACAUUGACCUCUCUGUGAUUGGAUUUUCUUAUGUCCAAAUUCUCCGAGCAGUCUUCCAUCUCCCAUCCUGGGAUGCCAGGCUCAAGGCCCUUAGCACAUGUGGCUCACAUGUCUGCAUCAUGCUGGCUUUCUACCUGCCAGCUCUCUUUUCCUUCAUGACACACCGCUUUGGCCACAACAUUCCUCAUUAUAUCCACAUACUUUUGGCCAAUCUGUAUGUUGCUGUUCCUCCUGCCCUUAAUCCCAUUAUCUAUGGGAUAAGGACAAAACAGAUAAGAGACAGAGUGCUAAGGAUUCUAAAGCUAUUGACAUUUAGCCCCAAGAAGAUCUUCUACAACAGUUCAGUAAGGCAAUCAUGA